CUUACAAGUGCUGUUGGCUCUGCGCAUUGUGCACAAUUCACCAAAAAGCAGAUAAACUCCCUGAAUGUGUAUGAUCAAGACAAGAGAGAAAUACACCUAUCUAGCCUCUGAUGACUUGUUAAACCAUGUGUCAGUUGCUGUAACCGUCGUGUACGUAUGUCUAUUAAUGUUUUGUUUUGGACAGAAACAUGAACUAGCAUAUUGCCUACCUACUCAUAAACAUAUAGUAGUCCUUUUACUGCAGGGAUUUCACUGGUGCAACACACAGGCCUAGACCUUUUCUGGUGAAGCAUAAUCUUUAGAAAUCAAAUAGUUUAAAUGGAUUGACAUGGCUUCACUGGAAUAUUCAUUGGAUUCCUGAAUCUAAAACAAUUCUAAACAAGUUGUUAAAGAUAAUUGAUAUUGAUAGGCAUUCCCUCAGAUCACACAUGUAGGAAACAAAUGUGUUGUACAUUUUUUUUAUAUAUAUAUUUUUUAAGGACUGGGUGAAAAAUAACCAGAAAUGAGCUAAGUUUCUCUGUAGUAAUGUGUUUAAUCUGUAAAAACAGAUGCCAUUGUUUGCAGGGAUUUUGUCAUCUGUAAUAAUUAACUUUCCACUGAAGAAAAGAGAAGCAGUGUUCAAAACAUCCUGUUAAUGUUUCAUAAAAGGGAUAAGCAUCAACCUGUACUUUCCAAGAAAAAUAUAACAUCUCAGAAAUCUCAAUUGUAUUGAUAUGUUCUUGUCUCUUGAGCGAAUAUUUAACCAUAUAGAGUCGAGGAGGAAUGUUACAAGAGUCACACAGGAUGUCAACCAUCCCUCUGUCUGUCCCAUUCAUGAUGGAAUACUUUGCAAGUCAAUGGCAACCCACGGUUGACGUAACCAAUAGAAACAAACAGAAGUUUCCAGUUGUAUGUACGGGAUACACAUGGGAUACACCGUCCAACAAAAUGCUUACUUGCAGGUUCCUUCUCGACAAUGCAACAACAGUAAGAAAUAAUAAAAGAUCAGAAUGUAAAGAACAUUUAAAAAACUCUAGGUCAAUGUGUGAGUAUGUGUGGUGGUAGCAAUGGGAGAGGGGACAAAACAGUAUGGUUGUGAUUAGCUCCUUGUGUCUGUUGUGGUCACCAUUACUGACAACUCUCAGGUCAAUCACCUCUAGUCGACCACACUGCUUCUACUCAAACAGUAUAAAUACCUUUUAACCUGGCUGUACUUUCUCACAGCAGCCAAUGCCAGCUUGGAAACUUGACAGCCCAUAUAGGCAUAUGCUUUGGCAUGAAAUCCCCAAUAAAUAGCUCUCGUGUGUCUAGUGCCUCACACUUGGGAAAGGGCACACAAGUUAUUUGUUAUGAUACUGAACAAAAAUGUAAAUGCAACAUGCAACAAUUUCAAAGAUUGACUGAGUUACAGUUAAUAGGACAUCAGUCAAUUGAAGUAAAUGCAUUAGGCCCUAAUCUAUGGAUUUCACAUGACUGGGAAGACAGAUAUGAAUCUGUUGGUCACAUAACUUCAAAAAAAAAGUAGGAGCGUCAAUCAGAAAACCAGUCAGUAUCUGGUGUGACCACAAUUUUCCUCAUGCAGCGUGACACAUCUCCUUCAUAUAGACUUUAUUAGGCUGUUGAUCGUGGCCUGUGGAAUGUUGUCCCACUCCUCUUCAUGGCUGUGCUAAGUUGCUGGAUAUUGGUGGGAACUGGAACAGGCUGUUGUACACAGAUCCAGAGCAUCCCAAACAUGCUCAAUGGGUGACAUGUCUGGUGAGUGUGUAGAGAUCCUUACAACAUGGGGCCGUGCAUUAUCAUGCUGAAACAUGAGGUGAUGGCGGCAGAUGAUUGGUAAGACAGUGGGCCUCAGGAUCUCAUCACGGUAUCUCUCUCUGCAUUCAAUUUGCCAUUGAUAAAAUGCAAUUGUGUUCAUUGUCUGUUGCUAAUGACAGCCCAUACCAUAACCCCACCGCCACCAUGGGGCACUCUGUUCACGACGAUGACAUGAGCAAACCGCUCGUGCACACAAUGCCAUACACACGAUCUGCCCGGUACAGUUGAAACCAGGAUUCAUCCAUGAAGAGCACACCUCUCCAGCAUGCCAGUGGCCAUCAAAGGUAAGUAUUUGCCCAUUGAAGUCGGUUAUGUUGCUGAACUGCAGUCAGGUCAAGACCCUGGUGAGGAAGACGAGCACGCAGAUGAGCUUCCCUGAGACCGUUUCUGAUCAUUUGUGCAGAAAUUCUUUGGUUGUGCAAAGCCACAGUUUCAUCAGCUGUCUGGGUGGCUGGUCUCAGACGAUCCCACAGGUGAAGAAGUAGGAUGUGUUCGUCCUUUGUUAGCAUGGUUACACGUGGUCUGCUGUUGUGAGGCCAGUUGGACGUACUGUUAAACUAUCUAAAAACAAUGUUGGAGGCGGCUUAUGGUAGAGAAAUGAACAUUCAAUUCUCUGGCAACAGUUCUGGUGGACAUUCCUGCACUCAGCAUGUCAAUUGCACACUCCCUUAAUACUUCAGACAUCUGUGACAAAACUGCACUUUUUAGAGAGGCCUUUUAUUGUUCCCAGUGCACCUGUGUAAUGAUCAUGCUUUUUAAUCAGCUUCUUGAUAUGCCACACCUGUUUGGUGGAUGGAUUCAGGUGGAUGGAUUAUCUUGGUAAAGGAGAAAUACUCACAAACAGGGAUGUAAACCAAUUUGUGCACACAAUUUGAGAAUCUUUUUGUGCAUAUGGAACAUUUCUGGGAUAUUUUAUUUCAGCUCAUGAAACAUGAAACACUUUACAUGUUGUGUUUUUAUAUUUUUGUUCAGUGUAUUUGAUCAAGAAAUGCAAUUAUGUGUAAUUUUGGUUAAGAAGAAUAACUUUUUUUUAAUCAAUCUUUUGCCAUGAUUUGAGUGAAAAGUAGUAAUCCCAUUGAGGAACAAAGGUCGAUUCUAUUAACUCCUAAUUUAACUGUCAAAGGAACAUGUUCAUACAGGUCUAGAUGGCAUUUUAAUGUGCUUUUAGCCAGCAGCCUACACCACAUGCAGUACAAUACAGUAGACUGGAGUUGCGUGACACUGGUUUGUUGAGGCCUGAAAGGAGAUAUGGUUCUAAUCCCCUGGAUGUGGGGAUUGGUGGAGCUCCCCUGCUUUGUGGUUUCUCCUCAUAAAAGCAGCUUUGAUAGGGGCUGAAUCUGCUUUUGGUUCCAAUACCUUUCAUGGGAUUGUGUGUGUGUGUGGAAAAAAAAUCAACCCAUUCCAUUAGUAAAAGCUUUCAAAGCAUUUUUAUGUGAGUUUGAGCUUAUAUACAGUACGUGCAUGCUUGGCAUUGGCAGACAUUCAUGCACUUGCAUAAAGAGUUUUUCCGCAGUUCUACUCUUUGUGGUGGUUUUUGUAUGUGACCUAAGAACAAUCCCAAAGUUCUGUUUUUGAGACACACAUACUUGCAAGAGCAGUUGCAGGCUGUUGCAUAAGCGUUUCAUUACCUCUGUAUUUGAAUUUAAACACAGAUGAAUACACACACACACACUAGGGUUGUCACGAUACCAGUAUCGCGAUACUGCUAUACAUGAUUUUCCAUGGCAAAAAGGAAAACACAAGGCAGACUAAACUCGUUGUAGCUGCUGUAUCUAAACUGUUGUGUGCUAUAGCUUGGACAAUAAACAUGUGAUUCUGGGUGACAAUGUCAGGCUGCUUGUUUUCAAAUUUAGUCCACUUUAUGCUUUGUUUCCUUGUCACGAUACGUCUGAGUAUCACAAUACUGGUAUCGUGACAACCCUAACACACACACACUGUGUUUGUUGCUAAAUAUAUACUAUGGAUGCAUAAACUGCAUUGAAAUGUAGUUAUUUUGUGGUCACUACUAGACACUGAAGACACUGAACUUGACAUUUAGCAGGUUUUCAACAGAGUGAUUGACUACUGUAGCUCAGCGCUGACAACUGGAUCCCCUUGUGAAGACAUUACUCUAUUUCACAGUAAAACCCCGACAUUACAUUCUGGUUAUUAGAUGGUUAUAGCUCAAUAUGAUUACUUUCCAUCUCCCUGUCUCUGUAUAACCACUUUGGUACUUGAGCUAACAUGUUUUUUUUGGGGGGGGGUGUAGAUUAGUUCCAGCCCAGUCAAGGAGCUAAGUCAGGGCUAUCACUGGAUUAGAGUGUAGGACAGAAAGGAGACUCGUGUCGUGUGUCAUUACGUUCCAGCUCCAGCUUUAGAGUUGAUAUUCAUAGUGAUGCUGGAACUUGACGACCUCUACUCUCUCUACUCAGUCAGCAGUUUACUGUGUGAUGAUGAUGGGCAGAGUUUUUCCUGACUCCAGGUUCUCGUGAUCUACCUCGAUUGGUUGAGAGUUGCACAUUGAGUGUCUAUUGUACUGUAUGUAGCCUGUGCUUGGCUGCACACCACAUUGACUGGGUGGGUAGAGUUGUGCUUCCGGGGAAUGAGUUCCGUAUGUGUGCUGUUUCUGCCUGGGUACAGUAGAUGGAGGGGCCCCUAGCCUGGAGCCCACCUACAUUCACAAGUAUGUUUAUACUUUCAAAAGCGGCCAACAAAAUGCAUUCCCCUGGAUAAACAGCCAGGAUGCUGCUCCAGCCAGAGAACAAUAGACAAGCCAAUCACACUCUUUUAAUGAGAUGAUGCCACGCUGUGCCAGCAGCACACAGUGGGAAUUAAUCAAUUUACAGGGAUUAACAGCAUGGUUAUUGGUUACAGCACAGGUUAAGUGGGGGUACAGUAAAUCAAAUCAAAUCAAAUGUAUUUCUAUAGCCCUUCGUACAUCAGCUGAUAUCUCAAAGUGCUGUACAGAAACCCAGCCUGAAACCCCAAACGGCAAGCAAUGCAGGUGUAGAAGCACGGUGGCUAGGAAAAACUCCCUAGAAAGGCCAAAACCUAGGAAGAAACCUAGAGAGGAACCAGGCUAUGUGGGGUGGCCAGUCCUCUUCUGGCUGUGCCGGGUGGAGAUUAUAACAGAACAUGGCCAAGAUGUUCAAAUGUUCAUAAAUGACCAGCAUGGUCGAAUAAUAGUAAGGCAGAACAGUUGAAACUGGAACAGCAGCAUGGCCAGGUGGACUGGGGACAGCAAGGAGUCAUCAUGUCAGGUAGUCCUGGGGCAUGGUCCUAGGGCUCAGGUCCUCCGAGAGAGAGAAAGAAAGGAGAGAAUUAGAGAACGCACACUUAGAUUCACACAGGACACCGAAUAGGACAGGAGAAGUACUCCAGAUAUAACAAACUGACCCUAGCCCCCUGACACAAACUACUGCGGCAUAAAUACUGGAGGCUGAGACAGGAGGGGACAGGAGACACUGUGGCCCCCACACCACUAGAGGGAUAUCUUCAACCACCAACUUACCAACCUGAGACAAGGCUGAGUAUAGCCCAUAAAGAUCUCCACCACGGCACAGCCCAAGGGGGGGGGGGGGUUGGGUAAGACAUCACUGUGCAGCACACAGCUCACUUGGGCGGCAUCUCUGCUGUGCCUUUGGCUUGUUCCGAGCUGUUAGGGAGAGGUGAGGUUGGAGAGCAAAGUUGUUACGUUAAUGUCUCUAUCUAAACUUUUGUAACGAGAGAGAGAAUUCAGGAAGUUUUGUUUUGGAAAGGUACCAUAAUUACACUUAAAAGCAUCAGUUUGACAUCUUAAACUCUCAACGAAACAUGUAUUGUCUGAAUGGCAUGUUGACUGGACGUCAUGCUUGCCUCUUGGCUCAGACAGCAGCACUGAACAUAGUUGGCAAAGGAUUUAGAAUUUGCUAACUGAUUCCAGAAGCGGUAGCUACAGUGUAUGGCUUUGUGCUUCUGACUUUGGUCUCUAGGCAGAUGGUGGGACAGGACAGCAGAGUCCCUAUGCAGUGGCCUUCUUGCAGGGUCUCUCAGAUAGGUGUAACAAGUGAUCCAAUCCUGGAGCAGAGGUAUUUGACCCUCUGAUUACAUAGUCUAACCAGGUUGUCACACUGUGUUCUGCUGUACUGUAUGUGAGAAACUCUGAGAUGCAUACAGUGCCCUAAGGUUGACAACACUGACUACAAGACUCCAUCAAUUUGAUUUCAAUUGACUCUAAAAUGAACUUCAUGUAUGUGUCCUCUGGGACAGAGGUUGUUGUAUAGUGCAGACAGACAGUAGCCUCUCCUGUCUUGGACCACCAUGUUGGCUAGACUGGAGGCUCUCUGUGGGGUGAUUUAGUGAAGGGGAGCAGAGCGGUUCUGAUUGCUUGAGCAGUGACCGUGCCCAGGUCCAGGAGACACAGAGGCGGUGUGACGCUCUCAGCUAACCCACUCAGUUACACAUGCAGACAGGCCGGCUGGCUGACUGGCUUUGUUCGUCCCUUCUGAAGCAUACCACUAGGCUGCUGUGGGGGCUCAGUGGGGGGAAAAAAAGAUUUACAGCGACUGCAACACUUCAUAUCGCCUUGUCCCUCUAUGUAAUUAUCUGAAUGAGAAAGGGAAGUGGUGUACUAUUCUUUUUGCUACUUGUUGUGUAGACACCACCUACUCUUUCUAGCCAGGCUUUGCUCAGCUAUUGUCGCUGUGUUGUGUGAAUGCUGGGGGAGAUGGCACAGAACUCCUCAUGUGGGAGGUCCUAUUCUCGGUGUAUUGAGAGCCUGUAUCUUUGCCAGCUAAAUAAACUGUUUUCUAUAUUAGGUAGAGAGCACUAGUAGUGUAUCAGUAGUGGGAUCUCCCAGGACAGUCUGACACCCACUCUUGCCUGAAGAAUGGAUUCUGCCAACUUACUUCCCUCUUCAACAUGUCAAAGACACUUCCCUCACCACCACUGCCGUACCUUCUCCUGAACUCAACGGGGACGGACCCGAGGACACGCAUGUACCCUGUGUUCUUUGGUGAGAGCAUCGAGGUCAACCCCAAACCUGAAACAGAGAUCAAGUGUAACUCUGAAGUGAAGUACGACUCAGACAGGCACUACCGGGACCAGGUGUACUGCGCUCCCGUUCCCACGGUGACUUCCUACAGCGAGAUGGUGGUGGCCGUGCAGAACUGCACCUGGCGGCGCUACAAGUCCCAGGUGUACCUAGAGCCCCGUCAGAGGCCCCUGCACUACCAAAGCACCACCAUUGUGUACCCCAAACAUGCCAAGAACACUUACCGCACCACACUCAACUACAACGCUACGGGUUCCCAACGGUGGUUUGUCUCCACCGUCCAGCUGAAGUCCAGGGAGGACAGCAGCCCCUGCAUCAUCUAUGCUGAGGACCUCUAAACCUGAUCUCAGACCUGACCUGCCUGGCCAUUCCUACUGUUGUGGAUUGGAUACACACAGAGGCUGACAGACAGGUGGACACACAGGAAGACUGAUAGACUGACACACAGAGGGUGGUAGUAUUGCAUACUGUAUAAGGAAUAUUGUAGGGGGGAGUACAUCGAAUCACAAAGGCCUUUAAUGAGUUGUCCUUCAUGUUAAUUUGUCUUGUGAGGCAGAGCGCUGCCAGUCUGCUGCCUCUUCUCUCCAGGAACAUCUCUGAUAGUUGAGCAUGACUCUGGGGGUUGACGGUACCACGUUACACACCUUAUUUGACUGUAAAGAUUAAUUAUAGAAAUUGACAUAUUCAUGCUCAAAAGCUGACAUGUGAAUCCACACAGAUGCGUGCAAAGCAGUCUAAUAGCUUGAUUGCACUUAUUUUAACAUUGUGUAAAUUGUGGGUAUUCUGAAAAGGAGGGGGGGGGGGGUGAAAAGAUUGGACCAAAGAUUUUGUUACAAAGACAGAUUCACCCUAGUUGGAAGUAAUGUGUUUGACACAUCCUCAUCAGACUCUCAAACACGACUCUUGCAUUAGAUCUACAACCGGGUGUCACGAGUACAUCAUUGUCGUCUCUCAAAAGAUGCCCAGUGACGACAAACUCAUCUUGCUUUGACAGACACCAAACCACAUCUUCAUUAGUGACCUCAAACUCUAGAAUGUGCCUUUUUAGUCUGAUAGACACUGGGGCAUUUUAAAGCUAGAAUCCUUAAGUGAAACAAUAACAAAGUGGUCACUGUGUUUUGGUAAAAAGCUGAGGGAUGGGCCUGGAGAAAUGUAACCACAAAUUCAUAGACCGAGCAUGGAUGCAAAGACUGACUAGUUUACACCAUGUGUUGAGGCUUUACAGUGUUUACGUUUACAUUGGAGUAAAACAAGCUUGUAUUUAGGGUUCUGAUGGGGUAUGACAGUUGAACUAAGUUCAAGAGGCAUUUCUAAGUUAUAUUCUUCAAGAAUCAAUGGGUGUAUAUAUCAUUAAUUAAAAGGUCUAAAAAUGGAUGUCGCAACUAAGGAUUCUAGCUUCAAAUGAAAAUAUCACAUUAUCCAUGCCAUUUUCUACAACAAAUCAGAAAUGGAGUCUGAGGCACCUUCAACAGCAGGCAGAGAGUCAAGGUUUCUGUUAUAGAUUGCCUCUGGAGAAGGAGAUGCUUGUUGUCGCUGCCAUAACUACAAGUCAACCUGCCAGUUGGAAAUGCCAAAGUUGGAGCCAGAGAGAAGGAGGGAGAGCAGAGCUGGGAAAACCUGAGGAACAUUUCUAUUUUAAGACAUGGCUCUAGCCCCUGAUAUCCAGGUUGUUUGGCAGACUGGUAAACACGACCAUAAAAAUCCAAACAUGUUACUCUCUCCAGCACACUGUUGUUAUAUACAGGAUAGUGAAAUGGGUGGCUUAGAUUUAUUCACAGCUGUCAGGUGUUGUAGGAAAAUAAUAUAAAUUCUUAUUUGUAUUAAGAAUUGCCUGAUCUCGCUCACAACAGUUUUUUAGUCUAUUUUAUAUAUAUGGAUUAUGGAACCUGGUAAAUAUUCAACCUUGUAUUAUGAAUUCAGAUCUCUUACCUCCAUUUUUUUUUCUCUCUCUACUUUAUUUCAUAGAAAAUUUGCAUUUUCUACUUUUAAUUUACAUCCUGAGCUAUUUUUGUAAUGAAAAAAAAUGUAGGUUUUGAAAAUUGACAAAGGUGUGUUUUAUACACUAAAGAAUAUGGACAGAAGAAAGUGAGAGAAAGUUAAGAGGCUCUGUUUUGGAGGCUUUCUUAAGGGUCAAGCUGUUCUGAGUAAUGAGGUCUACUGUAAAUGUUACAAGUGCAACAGCAACUUUAUAAUACUGAUGGUUUGAACCAUAGGUAUUACAGUGGCUGGUACAGAAAAAGGCCGUUCAGUGGAAAGAUUGCUGUGGAUUUCUGUGAUGUGGCAGGAGGUAUGUGAGAAGUUAUACGUUUGAGGUGAUGGAAGUCUAAGGGUUUCAAAGCAUUUGGUUGUUUUGUGUAAGAUACUUUAAUUAUUGAUGUUAGUGUUUCCUAACGGUUGAUUUUGUUCUUGUAAAAUACUUUCCUGUUGUAUAUGUGGCAUCGAGGCACUUCAUAAUUCUCUUUAUAUUUUUGUAUAUUUCCUGUGUCAAUCAUCUUUUUUUGUUUUGAGAAAAUAAAAAAUAAUUUAAUUGAAUAAAAAUCUUUUAAUUGAAUAAAAGACCAAAUAUCAAAACCCAAA